ACUCUUACAAAUGUCCCCAGAUUUAUUUACAGUCCUCACUUUGCUGACAAAGUGAUAGCAAGCCCCAGGGCACCAGGUGCUGGUGUUUGGAGUAAGUCUCAGCAUGACUCUGAUCUGUGGACUGUUCCUUGGGACAUACACACACAGUUUUCCCAGGGACUUUUCAGCGUUCAGUGGACACACCCGCAGCACGGUUCCGGUUUCGUUCGGCUACUUUCUCCUCCCACUGGAAGACGCCUUAAAAUGCCGUCGUGCGCUUCAGGAGCAUUGAUUGAUGAGCAGAGAUGUCCACCUUACUGACUCUUGUCCUGUUCUUGGGUUUGGCCGCUGAGGCCACCUCCCUCCAAUGUUACACCUGCAACAGUUUCAACCAGGACUGCACCCUGAACGGCACCGUCUGUAAUGUGACCCUGCACCAGACCUGCAGCAGUCACUCUGUCCGCGAGAAAGGCCGAACCCACGACCAGGAGUACAUCGUAAAUGGAUGCGGGGACUGCCUGAGUCUCAUUUCCUUCAACAGCGGCCCCUACUCGGCCUUUAUACAAUCUACCUGCUGUAGCUCGGAUCUGUGCAACGACCAAGUAGAACCAGAGAAAGAAGACAAGGCCCCGAAUGGCCUGGAGUGUGAGGGCUGCUUCGCGAUAACGGAGAAAGGUUGUAACCGCUCAAUGGCCGCAGUGAAAUGCUACGGGCAACAGGACCGGUGUAUUCACACAUCGGGCGACCUGCACUGGUUGGACAGCACUACUUACGUCUUCAAGGGCUGUGCAUCCCACUAUGUCUGCUCCAACAGUAACUCACUGUCCUUAUUCGGCAUGGAGCCCAUCAAUGGCUUCUACUGCUGCCAGGGUGACCGGUGUAACCUGGAGUUUCGGAACCUGACACGGGACAGCACAAUGGCCCUGGACACCAACAAUGCAGCCACUUCCCUUGGCACCCAGAGUUUCCUACUCAUCGCCCUACUGCUGAUAUUGAGGGUGUCUGAACUCUAGGAUGCGACAUCUCAGGGGAGCAAGUAGGGGAGAAAGGGGGUAGGAGCUGACCUCCUUGCCUGAUGCAACGUAGGGGGCUCUAGUGGGGAGGGGGGAGGGAAUGGCAGUUGCUUCAGGAUUCAUAGCCUCAAAUCCAACCCCUCUCUCCCUCUCUCUCUCCCAAUCAUCCUCUCUGCAUCCCUACCUCCCUCCAUAUCCCCUCACUCCUCUCCUUCCCUACCUCAUCCUCCCUCCUUACCUCAUCUUCUGACCCACAUCCCUCAGUGUUAAAAGUAUCUUUGUUUCCAGAGGUGGGGCAACAAGGGCGUUGUGGAGGUGAUACACUCAGACAAAUCCACUGCCCUCUGUCUAUUCCCAUCAAAUUUCACCACCCCACUUUCUCCCCACAAACCUGCUUCAGUGCCCACACUAAUCCCACUGCAUUCCACCCUGUCAAUCCUGAACUCAUCCCACCGUCCCACUCUCUCUCCAUGACCCCAUGUUUAAAACUAAUCCCAUUGACCUCCCUCUGUCAAUUUCAAUCAAAUCCCACUGUCCUGCUCUCUCCCCCAGCUGUCAGCCCCCAAACCAAGCCACUGCCCCACUUUCUCUCUGCAGCAUUGUCAGUCCCCAUGGCCCCACCCCAAAUAUUCUCUUUUAUUCUCUCCCCUUCUCUGUUUUCAUCUCACUGUAAUAUGAACAUGAAUGACUAUUUGCUUUACAUCAUGUAAAUAAACGUGUGAACUUCGGACUGGA